AAACAACUUUUUCAAAGCAACUCCACAUCACGGCGCGUCCACACUACCACACACUCACUGGCGAGAUUUAACCACCAGUGAAAACGCAGCCGAACGACAAUACCUUGACUCUCAGUUCACACAGUUGAGCCUUCCUUUUUUUCCCCUCUUCACUUUAUUUGCCUUCCGUGUAAGAUGAACAAUCUGUGCUUGUUGCUCCUCGUCGGACUGGCGACCGGGUUUAUCGGCGAGAAAAAACUUUUGGCCGCGGCGGAUGACAUGUACUUAGAGGGCCAAACAUCUGGUGACCUGCCAAUAGAUGAUGAAGAUGGUGAAGACGACGGCUCAGGGUCAGGAUCGGGAGACUAUGCUUUCAGUGACAUCUCAGAUAAAGAAGAGCUAAUCAGAAGAUUCCUCUUCAACAUCUCUAAGACUACAGUCUCCAAAGAAAUGGUGCCAGUUCAACCACAGCCAUCCGCAGACUCUCCUCACAUCCCAUCAACCACCACAGCAGCAGCAGACAGUCCUGUCCAAAGAGUCACAGAGAAAACCUCACCUGGUGGAGACAAUAGCGUGGAGGAGGUGCCGAGUGCCGGCCCAACCGCUGACUGGUUCACAGAGCACACCAGCCCCAGCUCUACCAGCCUGCCUCCCAAUGAAGACACCACAACCACAUUCAGUAUAGACAUCAGCGUGACCAAGGAUAGCGACGAGGACAACAGUCUGGACAGGUGGGACAUCUCGACCUCCAGGGAUGGGGAAGGAAAGGUUUUCAUCAGCGAGGAGGUUGACAAUGAAAUUUCCGCCAGUGAUCGACGCAUAAACGGUGACUUUUCUGAAGAGGUGACCUCAGAGAACUUAUGGGAGAGGACAGAAGUUCUGGCAGCGGUGAUAGCAUGUGGAGUUGUCGGAUUCCUCUGCGCCGUUUUCCUGCUCCUCCUCCUCGCCUACCGCAUGAAGAAGAAGGACGAAGGUAGCUAUGACCUGGGAGACACCAAACUCUCCACGACAGCCUAUCACAAAGCGCCUUCCAAGGAGUUUUACGCCUGAACUGUUACCAGCGUGGACGUAAAAUGAAAUCUCUGCCAAGCGGGGGCUGAGAAUGAUUCUAUAAACAGCUGAUGAUUCCUCGUGUGGAAGUUUGAAGUCAAGCCCCUCUGCUCUUCUACAGUAGAUUUAUUUUCAUCAUUCCCAAUGUUUUGCUUCUGCCUUCUUUGAACACGUUUCUUUCUUUUGUCAAGAAGAGGUCAUAAGAAAACAAAUAAGCCUAUUAAAGUACAUUUCUAUCAUUCCAACCCAGGGACUGAGUUACGACACUUAAUACUCAUUGUAAAUUUUUAAGAAAACAAUCUUCGCUUGAGUGUCACAGCAGGGAACAGCCAUUCUGUUCUAGAGACGAAAUCAAUUUUAAAGUAUUGAUCACACGGUGCCUUUAAAACCACAUUACUUUCACGAGCUGAUCCAUGUGGGGUUUGACUUGGUUCAGCGUUACAGACGCAUUAAAUGUCUUACAGCACAAGUUUAUAAUGCCGUUAAAUGAAACCCCCACACAUGGGGUUAAUAUUACCUUCUAACGUUAAUACUCUAAUACACUUUGUGUGAGUUCAGAUUUCCUUUGUUUAACAUCUUGCAUUGUUACAUUUCAUUUUCUGUAUGCUGUGCUGAAUUGAGCAUUUAAUGUUGUUAUGAAGAAAGAGUGUUGUUUUUCAUAUGCUGUCCAGUAUUGAUUGGUAUGAGAGACUUUGUUACUCUGCAGGUACAUACUGUAUUUUUGUUGUUUAAAUCGACCAAAUAUAAAUGUUUUAUUUGUUUGUGUUUUUUUUGGAAAAAAUAUUUUUAGUAGGUUUUUUGGAUGUGUUUGCAUAUUUAAAGUUUAUAUUUCCAUAAGCAGAGAUUUCAGUCUUUUUUUUUUUUUGUUAACUUUUUGUUUGCAUUUAUAUAAGCAGGUAAAAGUCCCUCAACAUGAGUAGAAUGUUUUAGCAGUAUUUGAUUUGGUGACAGUGCAGUAAGUUUGGGGACAUGAUCGCGUAAGUGAAGCCAAAGCUUAUCACUAUAAUUCAGAAACCGUAGAAGUGACCAGUGUUGUCUGAUAAAAAGCCAAAGCACAUUCCUGUCACACUGUCAACUUGACACUGUUGCAAUGACGGGUUUCAACUUAAAGGGACAGUGACAACAUUCCGUGUUUGUCACACUUUUAGAGUCUGGGUUUAUGGAGCCAUAUCCGAGAAUGAAAAUGCAAUUAAAUCAGUGAACGUUCCCCUUUCUUUUUAGUUGUAAUAAGCAGCAUACGCCAUGGGGAGUUUCCAACUCUGUCAUGUGUAACUGUGUCAUGUUUUUAACGUUUGUUAAUGAUUCUGAAGUCUCUCUGUAUUUUAACUCGCUGACGGACCUUUAAACAAUGUUAGAGCUUCAAUAAGGAGACAUUUAUUUCCUCUU